AUGCCCGACGACCAUGCCCAGGCUCCCCAGUAUGUCCGGGCUUCCACGCCGGACCGCGUCUCGCGCUCAUCCUUCUCUUCAAUCCGCGAAAACGACUGCAUCCUUGCGCAGACAUUUUCAUCAUCCAAGAUCUCUUCCUACUACACCCUCGACUCCUCCGACGACUAUUCCAGCGCCGACGAGGCCGCCGUCGACCUCCGCUCGCGCAGUCCUAGCCCUGACGCCGACGUCCUGCAACUGAAGAGCAGGAAGAGAGUUCGGAUUACCGACGGCCACAACAAUACCCAGUCCGAUCACCAACAACAAUAUCAACAACAAAGACAACAACAACAACAGCAACAACAACAACAAAACAAUCCCGAGAGUACCACACAACCAUACAAGGGUACCAUGAUCCAGGCUCAGUUCCAACCUCCCAUCACCAACCCCCACAGCAAGCUCCUGGGUUAUUGGACUCCCGCAGAGUCCUUCAGGGGCUGGAAGGGCAUCGAGGUGAAGGGCAAGCUCGCCAGCAAGAGCUUUGGCGAUCUCCAGAUCCUGCACCAUGUCUUCUCCCAGCCGACCCCCAGCCAGCGGGCUGGUGCCAAAGGCAAGGAGCAGAACAAGGGCGUGAACAAGCCAGGCCAGGCGCCCAUCGAGAGGUUGCCGCCUGAGAUUUUGACCUCCAUCAUAGAGCUCCUCGCCCUCGACGUCCCCCCCAACGGUGUUACCCGCCGUAACGUCGACCUCAUGUCCCUGCUCCUGACCUCCAAGACCCUGCACUACGCAACCCUCACAACCCUCUACAGCAAAAUCACCAUCCCACACUCCCGCAUCUUCCGCAAAUUCCUCAACCACGUCGCCGCCCACCCUACGCUCGGUACCAUCGUCCGCCGCCUCGACUUCUGCCACUUCAACCCGGGCCAGCUCUUCUUGACAGCCGCCGAGCGCUCGCAAGCUCGCAACUUGACGUCUGAGACGUUGCUCCAGUGCCUUGAGCUCACCCCCAACCUGCAAGAGUUCCUCGCCCAAGAGUACAUCGACGAUGACCUCAGCGAGGCUGUCCUCCGCAAGCUGUUCUUGGGUCUCCCCCGCAUCAAGGCCCUCGAUUUCUGCGGCUGCACGUCGGCGAAGUUCAAGAACGCUUUUAGUGCCGCCAUCACCGGGCCCGACUGGCCCGUGGCGCUAACUAUUAGGCGUCUCUCCUUCCACAAGUGCCUUACCCUCCCCUCGAGCGUGUUUGAACACAUCUUGCCGCGCUGCCCGCGCCUCACGCACUUGGAUGUCGCCGGGACGAGGGUGACGGAUGCAGCCCUGCAUAGCAUCCCCGCCUCGGCGCGCAUCACGCAUCUCAAUCUCGCCAAGUGCACUCUCUUGUCCGCGAGAGCGGUCAUCGACUUUUUGGCGCAUCACCCCGCCGCGCGGGAGCUUGUGUUUUUGAGUCUAGCGACGGAUGCGCGCUCGCAUGAGCUGUUUGAUGCCGAGCACGUGUCUGAACUGCUGCCCCUCCUCCCGCCGACGCUGAAGAGUCUGAGUUUGAAGGGCGCCCGCAUGGAGAAGGAGCAUAUCAGGGGCUUGAGGAGGCUGAGCAAGCACCUGGAGGAGUUGGCGGUCGGUAGGGGCUUGACGUUGAGCGACGUGAAUCGGCUUUUUGUGCCGGAUGAGCCGGCUUCUGAGGGCGAAGCGGUGCAGAUGCAGCUGGAUUGGGUGCCGCACUCGCUAAGAUAUAUUGAUCUCUCCGACUUCUGGGGGACGGAGCUCGAUCUGGUGUAUCUCGUUUCUUCCUCGGAGUGUGCCAUCCUCAAGUCGUUCUCGGAACCCCUUGAAGUUGUCGAGCUCGCGGAGGAUGUGUUCCGGCGGGUUAGCAAGAGCGGAGUGGCGCAUAGCUUGCAGCGCAUGGGAUGGCGGUUGAGCGAAGUGGGGAGCAGAGGAUGGAUCGUGAGGGAUACGAAGGGCAAGAAGAGAGAUGAUGGACGGAGGAGGUGGAAGAUGGGUGCGGAGAGUUGGGGAAUGAGGAAGAUCCCUGUGGCGAGGGCUGAGGUCGGUGGGAUGUAUGGGAGUUUUAUGUUUGGGAGGAAGCUUUAA